UUUUCAAAGCGUUUUAGACCCACUGAGUGUAAUAGUGUCAUUGGGGAAAGCAUGAGUAAUAUGAUUGGCAUGCACAUGAAAGGAAAGUACGCAUAACAUGUAAUAACCCGCUGGAGAAACACAGUCCACAUACCCUUUAACAAUAUGUUGUUAACAAGUCACUUAUUCUGAGGAACGUCAAGGAAACUGCCUCUUUUCAAUGACCUCUAGCGACGGAAUGAAAAGUAAUUAUGGAUAGUAUAAUACAUGGACGUAAGAGUCACUGUAGAGGUGGUUACUCGGGGACAGUGGGGAGCAGCAGCCCCUCAAUGCCGGGAGACCCUCAAGUAUCCUGCUCAAAGAGUUGUCAUACACCACACGGCACUGCAUUGUGGGGGCAUCAGCUCAUCCACAUACAGAGAAUGCAUAUGCAGGAUAGGAACUUUGAUGACAUUGGAUACAACUUUCUUAUUGGGGGAGAUUGCACAGUGUAUGAGGGCCGUGGCUGGGGUGUUGUGGGCACACAUACCAAGGGCAACAACCACAACUCUUUGGCCAUUGCCUUCAUGGGCAACUUCAACAAUGAGAGCCCCAGUCCAGCAGCCAAGUCAUCUGUUAAACAGCUCCUGCAGUGUGGGGUUUCCCAGGGACAUUUUCACCCUGUAUUUAUCCUACUUGGGCACAGAGACUUGAGGGACACCGAAUGUCCUGGGGAGAGACUAUAUGCUGCACUAAAACAUCUCAAAUUUCCCUGAACAUAACAUCAUCCACAGACUCAAUUGUUACUGGUUCGAAAGACAGAGAGAAUUGGCUGAUGGAAGAGAUUACCCAGAACAUCGUAGCCAUGGCCGAUACUAGCAGGGUUACCUAAACUCGGUCCUGGAAAUUGAUGUGGCAAUUGAUGUGCAAACAGAUUCUGAAAUUAUUGCCACCCAUUCACAGUGUAAUUGUAGAGGUAAAAUAUUAAAGUUGUAAAAUGCAUCUGUUUAGUAGAAAUAUUAAGACUAAACGUUAUUAUUUAUUUUGGUAUUCACAUAAAAUUGUCCACAUACCAUUAUAUUCCUUUUUCUAUGAGUGUGCUGCUAUAAAGUUUUCUAGGAAAUAAGAACUGAGAAAGGUGUAAGAGUAACUCACAUUAAUAGAGUAAAUAAAUAAAAAAUAUGCUGCUGAACAAAUACUAACUAUUGACAGAAAACUGGAUGGGACUUCAAUUUUGGGUGCCCAAAAUAUUAUAUUGUCCUGACUUGCUGUGUUGUGCUGGAUGAGUUUAAGCUUUUGGAAUUAAAUU